AGCAGGACAGCAGGCUGGGAGGGGAAGAGCCUGCGGGGAGCGCAGCAUUAGUGUGAACAACGAAGGCCAGCCUUGAUUCCACAAAUACUGGGUGAAAUCCAGUCACCAUGUCGGCUGCACUGUUGCCAAAGCCCCAGAUGCGGGGCCUUUUGGCCAGGAGGAUGAAGUUUCACCUCAUUGGGGCAUUUGUGGUGUCUAUGGGAUCUGCACUUUUGUUCAAGUUUGCAGUUGCUGAACCCAGGGAAAAAGCUUAUGCAGACUUCUACAGAAACUAUGACCCCAUGAAGGACUUUGAAGCCAUGAAAGCGGCUGGUGUGCUUGAGAGUGCACCAUCCAGGAAGUGUUGGCUGCCUGCACCACUUGUUUCCUCUCUGGCUCCUCUCCGAAAGCUGCAUUCCUUUCUCCUGCAGACCCUCAGCAAGACUGAUUCAGUUACCAGUGCAGCAUAUAUAGUGAAUCUGAUGUGCUGUGCAGUGUUGUUCCAGCUCUUGAUUUGUUCCAUGUUUCACUUCUGUUUGCCACAUGAAGGGUGUGUGAAACUUCAAGCUCAGGAAAUAACGGGGAAUUCCUCUAGACUAAACUACCGCAUAAACAUUUCUCUGCUGCUUUGCAUUUGUACAUACUGAUAUGUUCACUUAGAGCAUGAAGUUUGUCCAUCAUAACUUAAUGGGCUUUUUUUAUC